CAAUUUAUUUUUAUUUCAAUUUUAUUUGUAUGACUCAUCAAGCAUAACAAAAAUUAAUUUUCGACGAAAAUGGAAGUUUUUAACAAAAUUUAUUCGCAUGUAAGUAGCUCGGUAAGCAGCACGGUGUCGCAAUUAUCGAGUGUACUCCCCGGAAAUCCGGUAACGCGUGAAUUCGACGCGACAAGUCACAUAGCAUCCGGAGGUCCAGGGCUUUUAUGGAAAAUUUAUAAGGGUACUAAAAGAUCGACGAAACAAGAAGCUUCAAUUUUUGUUUUUGAAAAAAGGCAAUUGGAGAAGUACAAUAAAACCGAUCGGGAUAUAAUUUUGGAAUCACUAAAACGUGGGAUAACUCAAUUAACGAAAAUAAGACACCCACAAAUUUUAAUAGUACAACACCCUUUAGAAGAAAGCAGAGAAAGUUUAGCAUUUGCAACCGAACCCGUUUUUGCAAGUUUAGCAAAUAUAUUGGGACAAACUUUAAACAUGCCACAACCAACAAAUUUGAAUGAUUAUAAGCUUUAUGAUAUCGAAAUAAAAUAUGGUUUAUUACAAAUAGGGGAAGGUUUAGCUUUCUUACAUAACGACGUUAAAUUAUUACAUAAAAACAUUUGCCCAGAAACCAUAAUAAUAAAUCAACAAGGAGCAUGGAAAAUUUUUGGAUUCGAUUUUUGUGUGAUGAAUACAAGCUUACCAAAUUCACCACCUUUUUAUCCCUUCAUUGAAUACAGCCCUACAUUACCUAGCAUAGCUCAACCUUGUUUAAGUUAUACAGCUCCAGAAAUCAUUUCGGCACAAUCACAUUCAACAUCAAGUGAUAUUUUUUCAUUGGGAAUGUUGAUUUAUACGCUACAUUCAAGAUCAGAAGAUUCUUUUCAAUGUGUUAAGUCAUUACAACAAUUUAAAUCAAGAUUACAAAUGUUACAUAACUUAUCGAUGAGUAAACUUCAAAAUAUUCCUGAAGAUCUGCGUGAAUACGCUAAAUUAAUGAUGAAUGUUACGCCUGAUUUGCGACCGGAUGCUCAUCAAUUUAUUAAAGUGCCAUAUUUUGAGGAUGUUGGAGUGAAAACUUUAAAUUAUCUUGAUUCGUUAUUGCAAUGGGAUAAUUUGCAGCGAUCGCAAUUUUUUAAAGGAUUACCGGAAGCUUUGAAGAAAUUACCACAUCGAGUUCAAGUACAGAGAGUUUUACCGUGUUUAAUACGGGAUUUAACACAACCGGCGAUGGUUCCGUUUGUUUUACCAAGUAUUUUUGAUAUUGCUCAAGAUUGCACUCAAAAAGAAUAUGUUCAGUGUAUUUUACCAGGAUUAAAACCAGUUAUGGCUUUAAUUGAGCCAAUUCAGAUUUUACUUUUAAUGCUACAACGAAUGGAAUUAUUAUUAAAAUUAACUCCGUCUACGGAUAUCCAACAACAUGUUUUACCGAUGCUUUAUCGUGGGUUGGAUUCUAACGCGCCUCAAGUCCAUGAAUUAUGUCUUUCCGUUUUACCAACUUUUGCGGGACUUUUAGACCACUCAAACGUAAAAAAUAGCCUCUUACCGAGGAUAAAAAAGCUUUGUUUAUCAACUUCAUCUCUCUCAGUUAGAGUCAACUGUCUUUUAUGUAUCGGAAGGCUUCUUGAACAUCUCGAUAAGUGGUUAGUUCUUGAUGAAGUUGUCCCAUUUUUGCCUCAAAUCCCAUCACGAGAACCGGCAGUUUUAAUGGGGAUCUUAGGAAUUUAUAAAUUGGCGUUGAAUCAUAAGAAAUUAGGGAUAAGUAAAGAGGUUAUAGCAACGCGGAUUUUACCUUUUUUAAUCCCGCUUUGCAUCGAAAAUGGAUUAACUUUAUCUCAAUUUAAUAGCUUGGUUGCUUUGGUUAAGCAAAUGUUUCAAAUGGUUGAAAGCGAGCAUAGAACGAAAUUAGAACAAUUAAAUAACGUUCAGCAACAACAAAAAGCUUUGGAGGCUUCGAUGCCGAGUUUUACGACAACCUCUCCGAUUCCAAAACACGAAACCGAAUUGGAUCAAGUUUUUGGAGGAUUAGGAUUAGAAAGUUUUGAGAAAAAUCAAAUAAAUCAGACGAAUAAAUCGAAUUCCUUGAGUUUAGAAGAAAAACAACGAUUAUCAAAGCAACAAGAAACCGUUAAAAGCUUCCAAAAGCAAAUUCCUUUAGAACCAAUUUCAAAUCGUAAUUUUGAGUCGAAACAAAAUCAAAUUAAAGACCUUUCCGCAACUUUAUUAGAAAAGAAUUUAACUAAUUUCAAUAAUUCGGUGAAUAGACCACAAAAUAUUCCACAACCACAACCGAUGAUUGGGUUUAAUAUGAAUAAUUCGUUUCAAUGGUCAUCGACUACUUCUGCAACGUCAUUGCAAGCUAAUCCUUUAACUCCGUUUGGUGGACAAAACACAAAUACGAAUUUUUCUAAAUAUAAAAAUGAUGGGAGUCCAAAUUGGGGAGCGUUAGAUAGCCUUUUACCUCAACAAAGUGGAAAAUUACCGAUGAAUCAAAUGCAUUCGAGUCAACCUUUAUUGAAACCAUCAAACAGUUUUAAUAAGCUUAAUAAUAAUCAAAAUGUUGAGAAAUUAUCGAAAGAUGAUAUCAUGGAUCUUUUAAGUUAAUACAUUAAAGACUAAAUUAUUUAAAUUAUUUUCUAUAAAAAAUUAAGAACAUUCCGUAUUUUUAUGUAUCAAUUUGUUUGUAGUUUAUGUCUAAAAACAUUAAAUAUAAACUAUUUUAAUGCA